GUUGUUAACAAAUGCUGGUGAACAAAUAUUUUGGAUCAGCACAAACAAACUAAUUUGUUAUGCACGCACGCAUAAAUCGGCCAGCAAAACAUACUUUCCCUCAAAAAGUAAUUGCCAGCAAAAUUUUACUCCCGCCAAAUUGACAGAGUUACCUCGCUAUAUAAGGCUGCCCAUAUAGUACAAUCCAUUCGCAUCUAGAGUUCUCGAUCCCUGCACACACUUGCAGUCAAAGGUAAAGAAACAAAUAUACUAUGGCUCUUUGCUAUCCUCGCAAUCCUAUAGGAUCCAUUCGGCAUUCCCCAAUUUUUAUUCACUGCAUAGCCCUAGAGUACAUCCAUCUUUGAGAGAUUACACCCACCACUGCCAGGACACAAUCACACAACCAUCAUCUCCAAAUCACUGCAGUCCUAUUGAUGAUAGCGUGGCGUCGCAGGGAUAUGACCUGCCCCUUCUGGCGUCCACUCUCUCCGUCUUGUUUUUCCGCAUUUAUGAUUUGUGUUAAUUUCCUAAUUAGAUGCAACUUAAUAUCCAUUUUUAAUUGGGAUUCUCUUUCUUAGUUAAUUUGGUUCUCAAUCUAAUAGUAUAUCGGUGUUUUGUGGGGAUUUCUAUCUUAGUCAAUUUGGUUUGUAAUCUUGUAGUAGAUCUGUUUGUACUCAUUUCUUAUUUUGUAGGUCAAAAUGGUUUCCCAAGUUCGUCCGUCCGUGAACCAGAUGGAGACUUCGGAUGAUGCUACUCGACAAGUCAUACCCAAUACUAGGAAUGAGGGACGGAUGGGACCAACCGGAAACACAGGUCUCAAACGUAGGAAAGGUAGGGGUCUCACCAUUAAUGGAACACUUGCAAAACUGAGAGCAAGGGGUGUGCCGCUAGACAUUCAAUUUGCUGCACAGUUUGGAAAAGUCUGUGGUAGGCACACAAGUGUCUUUAAAAGUGAGGUCACUGUCUGUGUGCGACAAGAGGUCCCCCUUAAGGUGAAGAAGUGGAAAGUCAUUGAAAAAGCUUUUCCUGGAACCAUGUCAUCAAUUUGGAAUUUAUUGAAGGCAAAAUUCCCUAAGAUCUCAAUGGCAGACUACCAAUGUGUAAUGACACAAGUUGAGCGACAGUACAAUGUAAGACGCCACAAACUGUACAAGACCUAUUGCACAACAAAACAGUGUCCUAGUCAUGUUGCGCCAGAGGACUGGCAGUGGUUGAUUGAUAACUUAUGGAGUGAUGAGCAGUUCCAGAAACGGAGCAAACAGAAUUCCAUUAACAGAUCAAAGCAAGAGAUGAAAUCACAUGUUGGAACAAAGUCUAUAGUGCAAAUAGCACAUGAACUGAGAAACCCAGUGACAGGUGAAUGGCCUAGUGCUAUAGAUGUUUGGAAGGCAACUUAUUUGAAGAAUGGAACAUGGUCUGUUCCUAAUGGCGAAGAAAUUCUGAACAAUCUGCAGACAACAGCUGAAACAAACCAGGAAAGGAUUGCAGCUGCUCAAAUCCCAAUGGUUGAACACUUUGCAUUAGUCCUUGGCAGAAAGCCAAACCACUCGCGUGGAGUUGGUAUUAGUGCAAUCAAUGAGGGAGCUCAAGAGAGGUACAGAGUUCAUGCACAAGCAGAAGCUUCACAACAGCAAGCCAAUGAAGCACAUCAACAAGCUGCUGCUUUGCUCGAAGAAGUUCAAAAAUUGACAGUAGAAAACUUGCAAUUAAAGGGCGAGUUGCAGUCUCAGCGUGAAGAGUUGAAUUCUCAGAAAAGAACCGUAGAGGAACAAAGUGGUCACAUGGAGCGUUUGUUGGACCAGAAACUUGAGGAAAGAAUGAAAGCAAUGUGGGCACACAUGGGUGGCACUGGUGGUGCUUUAUCUUCAAGUGCCCCAAACAAUUAAGAAGUUCCAAGAUGACAAAGACUGGAGUCGUGGAGUUGCUACAAAGUUUUGUCCAUCUAGGCGAGCAUUCUAGAGUCCGUGUCCCAAGUUUCAUUUGUUGCUUAGGUGUUCAGUUAUCAAUUUAGUUAUGGUCUUAGUUGAAAUGCUCUUUGUAUGAGCACUUUGUUAUCAUUCAUUAAUAAAGGAUAGUUUCCUCUAGUGUGAGGAACCCUUUUUAGUUUAGGUGAUAUUUCAAUUGAGUUCUGAAGUGCUCUAUUCC